AUUCUGUUUCUCUUUUAAGGAAUCUUGUCAACGGUGCCAGCUCUUUGGGAUAUUGUAUGACACUACAUCAUGAGCGACAGUAAAUGUGAUAGUCAGUUUUACAGUGUGCAAGUGGCAGACUCAACUUUCACUGUCCUAAAACGUUACCAGCAGUUGAAACCAAUUGGCUCUGGAGCCCAAGGAAUUGUUUGUGCUGCUUUUGAUACAGUUCUUGGGAUUAAUGUUGCAGUCAAGAAACUAAGCCGUCCUUUUCAAAAUCAAACUCAUGCAAAGAGAGCUUAUCGUGAACUUGUCCUCUUAAAAUGUGUCAAUCAUAAAAAUAUCAUUAGUUUGUUAAAUGUGUUUACACCACAAAAAACUCUAGAAGAAUUUCAAGAUGUGUAUUUGGUUAUGGAAUUAAUGGAUGCUAACUUAUGUCAGGUUAUUCAUAUGGAACUGGACCAUGAAAGAAUGUCCUACCUUCUUUACCAGAUGCUUUGUGGUAUUAAACAUCUGCAUUCAGCUGGUAUAAUUCAUAGAGAUUUGAAGCCUAGCAACAUUGUAGUCAAAUCAGAUUGUACCCUUAAGAUCCUUGACUUUGGUCUGGCCCGGACAGCAUGCACCAACUUUAUGAUGACCCCCUAUGUGGUAACUCGGUAUUACCGGGCCCCUGAAGUCAUCCUGGGCAUGGGCUACAAAGAGAACGUGGACAUCUGGUCGGUCGGGUGCAUCAUGGCAGAAAUGGUCCUCCAUAAAGUCCUGUUCCCAGGAAGAGACUAUAUUGAUCAGUGGAAUAAAGUUAUUGAGCAGCUGGGAACACCAUCAGCGGAGUUCAUGAAAAAACUUCAACCAACUGUAAGAAAUUAUGUAGAAAAUCGACCAAAGUAUCCUGGAAUCAAAUUUGAAGAACUCUUUCCAGAUUGGAUAUUCCCAUCAGAAUCUGAACGAGACAAAAUAAAAACCAGCCAAGCCAGAGACCUGCUAUCAAACAUGUUAGUGAUCGACCCCGACAAGCGGGUCUCUGUGGAUGAAGCCUUGCGCCACCCCUACAUUACUGUGUGGUAUGAUCCUGCUGAAGCAGAGGCGCCACCACCUCAGAUUUACGAUGCCCAGUUGGAAGAAAGAGAACACGCAAUCGAAGAGUGGAAAGAGCUAAUUUACAAAGAAGUAAUGGAUUGGGAAGAAAGAAGCAAGAAUGGUGUCGUGAAAGAUCAACCUUCAGAUGCAGCAGUAAGUAGCAACGCCACGCCUUCUCAGUCGUCCUCCAUCAAUGACAUCUCGUCCAUGUCCACCGAGCAGACGCUGGCCUCAGACACAGACAGCAGUCUUGAUGCCUCCACAGGACCUCUUGAAGGUUGUCGAUGAUAAGCUGGAAAGAGCAGACUUGUUAUCAGCAGAGGAACUCUUGCUUCCAUGGUCCUGAAAUGCGUGGGAGUCGAUGGAACCAAAUAGAAAAACCCGGUGUUCUGCAUGUAAGAAACACAAUGCCUUGCCCCUACUCAGUUCCAAUAGGUUUGCCUGCCUAGAUUAUAAAAUGAAGCAGAUUAUGUCUGAAGAAAAAUGCACAAGCCACACGUUAGGGAUUUUGUUCAAGAUCAUUUCAGGUGAGCAAUUAGAAUAGGUGAAGUUUUCCAGGUUGUAUGGUAAUCGUGGUGACAGUCUCUCAUCAUCCGUGACUGCUGGGUCUUACGUGCAUGUGACCACAAAUGCUUGCUUGGACUUGCCCACCUAGCACUUUGGAAAUCAGUAUUUAAAUACCAAAUAAUCUUCUAGGUAGUGUUGCGUCUAGAAUGAUCUCUUUAUCCUCUUAAUUAAUUUGUUGUCUGUCAAAAAAUAGAUUUAUGUGUAUCAGUUGGCCACCAUCAUAUUAUCAUAUCUUACCCUCUCUGAUGGUAUGAUUUAUUCUAUCUUUUGUAUUUCAGAAGGAAUAUAAUUAAAUCUAUUUAAUAAAUAAAAAUACAGCUUUCCUUAAAUUUGUGAUAUUUUGAACUGAGAAUUGUCACUGGUAAAACCAAGACUGUUCUGUGGGCACUGUUUCCUCUGAAGUGUCGAAUCUGGUGUGACUGUACAUCAGCUUUACUGCAUGGCGACAUUUCCGGUUCUGUUUAUGCUGCUCGGGAAGUGCACACCUUGGAGUUCCUGUCUCCCUUCUGUCUCUCCCUUGUUCGGUCUUUUGGACUCAUGAUUAAUUUAAAAUGCUGCCUAGAAUUUCACCUUCUUUACCAGACACACAACACACCAUCUCAAUAAACACACUGGCAAAUACACUUGUGAAUCUUUCGCCUAUUAGAGUAGAGCUUUAUAAAAUGGUCUCUCAGGACCAUUGCAGUCGUUUACCAAGUAAGUGCUUCCUGUGCCAGAAGCUGGCUGGUCCUUUCCUCACUCCGUCAUUCAGAGGGAAAUGGUGAUUCCACAAAGCGGCAGUUUCGUUUGCCAGCAUCGCAGCCUGGCUCGGUUUUCUCCCUUCACCACAGAAGCCAGGCGAGUCCUCCUUCGUGUGUGCUGGGAUGCCAGGCUAACUGAGAAGGCCUGUGUGCUGCCUGCUUUCCAUUUUAAAGGAGCAUUUCCUUUUCUGAAGGGGAGCCAGGGACAUUCUGGGAAACUCUUCCGAGGAGUACAGGGGAAAUACCCUCUAGAGGAGUGAUUCAUUGCUGAGUAUUUUCUGAUGUAAAACUGCUCACCUGAAAUCGAUACUUCUAGAUUUCCUGAUAUGUAAAUUAUUCAGAAUUCAUUAAGAUACUGAGUAUUGCGUGUUACUGCAGAAGUGGAGUUACGAUUAUCACAUCCUGUCUAUCUGUGCUCGGAAUGUUGUCUCCCUUGAGCUUACUUUGUUACCGAUUCAUAGCUUGUGUUUAAUUAUUUUGGAAGCUGUUUGGUCAGCAUUCUAUAGGAUGUGUCUUGAAGAGAAGCUUUGAUGAGAAAGUUUAUCGUAAGCAUAUGAUGUGAAGUAGAUGAUUCCUUCUGUACCAGUUGUAUCUUAAUGGUUGGUUUUACCACUGGAAACUGGAGCCCUUGAUGAACAAAAGUAAUCUUGAAAUGAGAAAUAGUUUUAUAUCGUGUCAUUGAGACACUUUCAAGUACAAAAUGGAAAUGCUAACUUGGAUGGAGGCAGAAGAAAUGCCUAUUACAUAGUUUUGGAUUACUUAAUUCUGGAGGCCUGCUGUUACAGUUAAGAAAGUUAUCACUAUACAUAUAUAAACAUCUUACAAUGGCCUUCUCUCUAAUACAUGUUCUUUUAAAAGACUUCACUAAAUCUAUCUUUAAAAAGAAAAAAAAAAAAAAAAAAAAACAGAAAAGAGAGCGUUUAGACUGCAUCGUCUGCCCUAUGCGGGUAGAGGCACGCCAUGCAGAGGGCUUGGCAGGUCCAACUUGCCAGGCCACACCAGUGAGUGGAGCAGGAGCCCCAGCAGAGUGGCUUCUGCUCAUCCAUUCCUCUGCACAUCCAGCAGGCCUCUUGUCACUGAGGGAGCCCUUGCUGGUGUGGACUGGGUCUCCUGCCAGGACCCUCUCCCAUCAGGUAGAGGCACCUUUGGCCAGGACAGGCACAGAGCUCUGUAGAAAUACCUCACCCCGGUUUCAGGGCCCUCCUCUUGCACCUAGACUAGCCAGGGUCCUGGCACAGUGCGGCAGUUUCGACCUGAUCUCUGUGGGUAAGUGCUGAUGUUGGAUAAAGAACUGAAAAAUGUGCUCAACUUUUUCAUCUUUUCUAUUUUAUUUUUGUAAUUUAUAUUGUACACAACCCUGGAAGUAACUAUUUUGGACUUGUAUUUUUAUAAACCAGGUAAUUUCUGAUUAUCCUGGAAUUUGGACUAGGUUUGUUUCUUUUGUUGGCUUAGUUUUCAGUCCAAAGGAAAGUGGCUGCCUCCUGUGUCUGGGCCUCAGUUUCACAUGCAGGUUCCCCUGGACAGGCAGAAUCCUGUCAGGUAGGAGAAAGUCUAGAAACACUGGCUACACGGCGUCCAACAGCUUUGGGCCUGUAGAUGGAGCCAGGCUGUAUCUUUGGAACAGGAAACUUGGAAGCCCAGUGCUGAAAGAAGAAAGCCCUCGGCAGGGCCCCUUGCUGACACCCAGGAGCCGUAUCUGAAACACUGAAUGGGACAUUGGUUUAAUCUGACUGAACGCUGUGUACGUCAUGAUGACAGUGUAUGAGUUCAUCUGGUUGAUUUCUGAUGUAACUCCUCUGGUAUUUCAUGCUGAUCGUAAAUACAGGUGUGACCUUUCAGAUUGCAUAUCUCAAAAGUAACAUUGCCUAAUGUUUUAUAAUAAAAUAUAUUAUGUGUGUUUUGAUUGGUGAAAAAUAA